CGGGCCGUGGCUGCUGCUGCUCUUGCUCUAGAAGGGAUUUCUGGGUGGUUUCUCCUCCGCCUCGGCUGAAGCUGGCUGCAAAGUUUCCCCAUGGUUUCUUUCCAGGCUCCCAGGAACUUGAGCUCCUCCGAUUUCCCCUGGAGCCGGAGUCACGGUGGGGAGCGGUGCCCAGGGUAGCCAGCCAUGAUCGCCACUGGAGGCCUCUUGCGGAUCUCAGCCAGAAAACAGGAUCCCCUGAGGCCUCAGAGCGACGUCCCCAAACGCAAGCGCAAAGCCAAAAAGAAACGCAAGAACGAUGUGGUGGUGGUAAAGGGAAAGCUCAAGCUCUGCUCCAUCUCGGGCCUCAUUGCUCUCUGCGGCAUCCUUGUGUUGCUUGUGGGAAUUGCUUUGGCAGUCAUGGGCUACUGGCCGAAGCCAUUUUACCGGGCAGGGCGGCAUGGGGACAGGCAUCAAUCACCACCACAUGGGAGUGCCGUCAUAAGCCAUUCCAGGAACCAAACAGAAGGCCAAGCAGAAUUUCCUUUGGAAGAUGUGAGGACCAAUUCCUCUUUCAUGAACAGCAAGAAGAGUCUGCGCCCUUCCUCGCCAGCCCCUUCACCCAAUUCCAAAAGCUUCCUCAUUCAGCUUUUCUCACAGUGUCUGCAUUCUGACAAACUAAAGGUGCUUGGGCCCCUCAUCAUGGGCAUUGGCAUCUUCCUCUUCAUUUGUGCCAAUGCAGUGCUCCAUGAGAACCGUGACAAGAAGACCAAGAUUAUCAAUCUGAGGGACUUGUACUCCACUGUCAUAGAUGCACACAGCCUUCGGACCAAGGAUGGGCCACCCUCUUCUUCUGUGGCCCCAGUUCCCAUUAACGGCUUUGUUAACUAUGUACAGCCAAGAGGCCUGGAUUUAAAGCCUGGUGGGAGUCCUGGGGAAACUUUAACAAAGACAGCCUGGCACUCAGUGGUAAGUGCUCCCCUCUCUCCUCCAGACUUGGCUUCAUCCCCGCGCCGCUGCUCCUCCUCCUCUCCUCAACAACAGCAACAACACCCACCUCCCAGCUUGGCUGAGGCUGUAUACAGUAUAUAUCGAGAGAGAGCAGCUUUGGCUAGGACUGCUGGUAGUUCACCUUGUAGCCCCCCAAAUGGCUGGGACCAACAUAGCACUGCCAGUUCCAUUGUGGGUUCCUCGCUCAGCACUUUUACUUUGCUGCCACUGGCUCAAGGAGAAGUGGCAGAGCGAGACCGUGGUGGCUGGCAAAGGCCCCUGGGAGAACGAGGGACCAGGGAAAUCCCUCGGGGGGAGUUUGAGCUCAGUCUGACGGAUCUCAGGAGCAGCUAUAUAGACUCAGAGCGAGGGCAUAUAGUGGUACCCCGGAUGGGCAAGAGGAAGCCAGUUCUCCGACGCCAAAGCACAAGUUGCCUCCCCGAUGCCAGGAGAUCCCUCACCCCUGAACCCUCUCAGACUUUGGAUAGUAGCACAGACCUAGACUCCAGCCUUUUAGUUAAAGAUUCAUCUUCCAAAUCCCUUGAUCUGGGAGAUUCGCCACCUCUGACGCCAGCGGCAGCUAGGAAAGAUUCCCAGGGCUCUCAGUGUGAUCAGUACCGAAGCAAUAAGGGCUACACCCCACUGGAGGAGACGGGCACUUCUUUGGAAUCUGUUGCCAACACGCCAGCCCACAAAAUCCAGGACUGCAAAGGGAGCUCCAGUGGGUACACGGCUUCCUCAAAGGAUACCAGCAGAGAACAAACAGAAAAACAGCCUUUGAGAAUUCAGAGGCAGUAUACAAAUAAAGAGAAACUUUUCAUGAUCUCCAGGUCAGAUACCACUGUCGGGCCGGAGGAAGUAGACUUGGAAAAUACCGACGUUUCAGUCAAGUAAACUAAAAUGGAGAUAAGCAUCAGAACAACUUGUAAUCCUUCUGCCCCCUUGUGGAUCUAGGAAACCAGUCAAUAUCCAAAGCAUUGAAGUGUGUUAUCCUUUUGAAUUGCAUCAAUACAUUCCUGAAGAAGUCUUCAGGAAAAAAUGGAAACACAAAGCAGGAGUUUGUUCUGUUCAGCUGUCAGUCUGUAUUCAAUGCAAGCUGAAUUGUAUUUCACACUGACAGUCCAGUAAAUUCUUUGGAUCAAAGGAAAGAGAACAUGUUGACAAUAAUUGUGCACUUUACUGAUUUUAUAAUAUCCUGGUUGCCCCUUUCUCUCCCUCUCUCUUUCUCUCUCUGUAUCUGUGUGUGUGUGUGUGUGUGUCUUGGCUUUUGCCAUGGCGCUAACUGCACCCUUGCCCCCAAACUUCAGACAGAAAUGCAUUUCAAGUCAGGAAGAUUGAUCUCUUUUGUAAUGUUUGGCUAGAUCAGAAUACCGUUUUGCAGAGAUUAACAGAUGAAGUAUUAUGACAAAAGGUGAGGGGGAAAAUUCAGAGCUUUAAUUUCUGAAGUCAGGAAGAAAGAUGGGAGGUGAAUAGCACUGUGGACAACUUUCUGAAGUUCCUACAUUCCUAAAUUCAAAUAAUGAAUACUUUAUUAAGUAUUAUUGCACAUGUAUAAACUAAGAGCAUUAAUAGCAAUUUUUAAUUAAAUAAAAUAUGUUUACAAUAACAAAGUAUAUUUAGGUAAUGUUUCAUUUUCUGCUCAAUUCUUAUAAAUGAAAUAAGUCUUGUUUUCAGUUACUGUCUCCAAAGGGUUUUCCCCAUUUAGUCAGAAACAUUAAUUACAUGUGUUGAAAUCAGGGCAGUAAGCAGCAUCAAAGAUUUCUUAAAGAAAAGGCAAAGUGUAGAUAACUAAAGUCAGCUAAUCUUACUUAUCUGCUCAUAAGCAAGUCCUGCUGAUAUUGGUGGACUUUAUUCCCAGGUAAGUGAGCAUAUGACUUCAGCCAUAGUUAAAACCUCGAAGGAAGAAAGGAAAGGAAUGAUCAUGAGAUUCAUUUAAACAGAGGACAAAGUUACAUUUGUGUAAAAUUCUAAUGAAAGAAAUGAAACAGUCCUGCGCAUGCUUACUUCCAAAGUAAAGGCAGAACAAGACAUGUUAAUUGUGUAAAUACAAUUAAUGAAUUCUUUAAUUUAAACAAUGUAAAUAGCAGCAGCAACAGCAUCUGGAACACAGAGGUGGAAAGAUCAUGUUUAACCUUUCUCUCUAUUCCACGGAUCCAGUAAAAAAUUGACACCAGUACUUGCUAUUUGCAUCUGUUGAUAGGAUCUGUCUCUCUCUCCCUGUUUCUUGGAGUCCUGAUGCUGCUCAGGGAGCCUGACUUAUUCUUCAAAAUGCACAUUAGUGCAUUAAAACAAUUACGUUUGGCCCAAGAUACACUGUUGAAUGGGGCAUCCUUAAGAUCACAUCCUCUAAAGCUGCUUGAAUCAGAUUGUAAUGUUAGCAUUGUAUUUGGUUCUAAACAUAUUUUGAAAUCUCCUACUGAAGGAAUGAGUUUUUAUUCAGAUGAUUUGUAGGUACAGUAGAAUCUCGCUUAUCCAACAUAAACGGGCUGGCAGAAUGUUGGAUAAGCGAAAAUGUUGGAGAAUAAGGAGGGAGUAAGGAAAAGCCUAUUAAACAUCAAAUUACGUUAUGAUUUUACAAAUUCAGCACCAUAACAUGUUUUACAAGUCUGCCACUUGUUUGGGAGUGUGGCUGCAACUGUGUUGUUGUUGGGCGCAUUGGCCGGCUGUGCGUUGCUGCCUAGAGAAACAGCUGUGGAUCCGGGCAGGAGGCAGACUGCGUUGGAUAAUACAGAACAUUGGAUGAAUGAAGGUUGGAUAAGCAAGACUCUACUGUACCUGCAUGCAAGUUGCACAAGAUUGCCUAGUUUGUUUCUGAUGUAGCAUUAAUGAAGUGAGGGUUUUUUUUUACUAUCACUUUAAUCCAUUUCAUCCACUCAUAUAUUCAUAAAAUCAAAGGAAAGGCUUGAGAAAUUUGAUUUGUAACAAGCUUCCAGAUGUUGCCAAUAACAAUUUGCCCCUGUAAUUGCACUGAGCUUACAAGAAAUAUUAGUAAUGAGGCAAACUUGUUGUAUAAUUACUUUGGUUCAUUAGAAAUGACUAUGGUGCUUAGUCCUGAUUUCCAUAGGCUUAUUCGUCACUUACUACAUCACUCAGUGAUACCUCGUACAUUUGAUGGCUGUCACCUGACUGUGUGAAAUACUGUCAUUGGAAAGCUAUACAUCUAAUGUUAUAUGCGACAAUUUGGAAGUAAUGUAUUUGGUUUUCGGUUCUUAAUAACCAUUUUGGACACGGCAGACAUUUCUUGAUAUCACAGUCUGAAUGAUAGAUGUGUAUGCAUAAAAUCAGCUUUAGCUGAUGUCAUUGUUAUGGUGCUAAACAAUGCAGCAACAGAUAUACAGCUUGACUGCAACAAGUGGAUAAUCCACACUGUAGUAUUUGCAAAGUACUUAGAAUAAGAAAGAGGAGUAUUUUGUCCUCCACUUAUUUUGGGCUAGAAUUUCUAACAAUCCGGCAAGCAUGGUCAAUGAUAAGUGAUUGUAGUCCCAGACAUCUGGAAGACCAACCAUUUCACCUCAUUUAGAUUUAAGCAUUGUUGAAAUGAUUGGAAUCAGGGUGUUUAAACCAGUUGUAUGCAUAGCUAACUGAUGCCAGUCUAUACAGGAUUGGAUUAAAUUCAGGUGCUUACUGAUGAUGUAACUAUGAAUUGCGGGAUCACAAACUAUGUGUUCUGGCCUCACAGCAGGAUUUUAAAACAGGAUGGACUUUUUCCCAUUGCCAUAUAAACCUAUAAAAGUUAUAAGCAAUAAUGUGUAAAUUGAAAAAAAAAACAUUGCAUUUUCAGAACGGAACAUUUACAAAUUAAUUUGAGAUCUUUUCCUUUAAAUAUUUUUUUCAUAACCUGCAUUUUUAACUACAGAAGAAUCUGAGAAUUAAGGAAAGUUUUGUGACAACUGGAGCCCAUUGUGUUCUGUAUGAGUCAGCACCAUGUGGCAGUAUUAAUAUGGGAAAGAACUUGCUUUGAUUAUGAAAAGGAUUUCUGUGCUUGUCUCAGCCAUCACCAAAGAUAUGCAGGUGACUGGCAUGAUACGUUAAUUGCUUUUGCAUGCUAUGGUGGCCCUAUGGAGCUGUCAGUAUACAGAAGCAUUUCUAGCAGCUUCAAUCUAUGACUGUAACCCUGAGAACUGGCCCUCAACUGAAUAGCUUCUAUGACUAGAAGUUGAUCAAAAAUAAAUAAUCUCAGCAAUAUUAUGCUAA